AUUCUUAGUUAUGAAUCUUACUUUAUAUAUAUCUCUUACCAUGUCUCAUGCACCGCAGAGUCUUAUAGUUGCCUUCUCCCGUUGUCAGGCAAGAUCGUAUAUCUCACCCUCCAACUUUGAGGCGCCAAUGCAACAUGCUAAUUGUGCUGUAUUUACAUGUGAGACAACUGUAACAAUCAUCGCUCUAUAUGUAGUACCUUGAGUCCAUGGGUGGUCCGCUUAUCUAUUUUGUUAACAACAUACAGUUAGUUUAGAGUAGGCAUGUGUGUUUUGUAUUCCAUCUUUCCGUAUCGAUAUCUUGAAGCCUAGAGUUCGCUCUUAGUGUGUUGUCGGCAUGUUCGAUACCUUAACACAAGACUCAAAUCUCAUGUAAAAGGUAGACGCGCAGAAAUACACCGCGGGAUACACAACAUCUUUCUUAUACACAAUACCCUAUCGAAAAUACACUACAGCCCCCAUACCCGGCUGCCCUGAACCCACUCUCUUACUAACAAAGACCCCAAACAACAAUCCUUCUUUUCUUUUCCCCCUUAAAAAACAAAAUCGAAUGCAAUCC